CGAGCUCCUUUGCCGCCCACGUAUUACCUGUACGGCUGCGCUGACCUUGUGCGACCCAAGCUACCGAUUCUUUCCUACCAAACCGAGCUUGCCAGGAUUGCGUUGAAUUGCAGCUGCUGCCAGGGCGAAGCUACCUGUAGCUCAGUGUAAAAUAGCACAUGAUCAUUUCGGCUCGAGCUUCACCCUGCAACUGCAAGAAACGCUCCUUGUUCUUCUUCCCCGGCCCACCCCGACUCCACGAUGGGAAGAAGCCUAAUUUGAAACGUCGAAAGCGACCUCUUCUUCCCCGUUCAAAGCAACCCGUUCUCGCCUCUUCCUUUACCUUUUCCAUUAGUUGUACGCGUCCAAACUCCAAACCCCCAACGCACGCGGUUCUUGGGUCCUUCCUCGAUCCAGAGCCCCGGCGUGAUCUCCAACGCCCAACUCCGGAGCGGGGAGCGAUACCGAGAGGGAGCUCCGGUUUGGUGUGCGAUGGCGGCGGUGGUGUCGGCGCUGGCCAAGUACAAGCUGGUGUUCCUCGGCGACCAGGGGGUGGGCAAGACGUCCAUCAUCACCCGCUUCAUGUACGACAAGUUCGACGCCACCUACCAGCCGACGAUCGGGAUCGACUUCCUGUCCAAGACGAUGUACCUCGAGGACCGCACCGUUCGCCUCCAGCUCUGGGACACGGCUGGGCAGGAGAGGUUCCGCAGCCUGAUUCCGAGCUACAUCAGAGACUCCUCCGUGGCCGUGAUUGUUUACGAUGUGACUGACAGGCAGUCCUUUCUGAAUACAUCAAAGUGGAUCGAGGAAGUAAACACACAAAGAGGCGGCGAUGCGCUCAUCUUCCUUGUCGGAAAUAAAACUGAUAUUGUGGACAAGAGGAAAGUGCCAGCUGACGAAGGAGAAGCCAAGGCGCAGGGGCAUGGUGCCAUGUUCAUAGAAACCAGCGCAAAAGCUGGAUUCAACGUCAAGCCGCUGUUCCGCAAGAUCGCUGCAUCCCUUCCCGGAAUGGACGCGCUCUCGUCAGCGAGGCAGGAGGAAAUGGUCGACAUAAACCUAAAAACUGCCACCGGAUCAGCACCUUCAGGCGCAGCAGCACCGCCGGAGCAGCAAAAAUCAGGUGGUUGUGCUUGCUGAGAGUUUUGUGUUCAGGGAAGUUACAGCAGUACUACAUUAAGUACUUUCACAGAGCUGAUGAGUAGAUUUGCUUGCAGUAGAGAUAUCCAUAUGGUAAGACAGAUUGCAGGGGAGGGGUCAAUUUCUUUGUAUAGAUAUGCUUCUUAAACGUAACAUUUUUUUUUUAAUCGGAAACGUAACAUGUUGUUACUCUUUUGAAACACUGGAAUAUAUCAUCUGCGAAGGUUAGCGGCA